AUGGCUGAAUUUGCGAAUUUAAGUUCAAGUUUUCCUGAGCAAACAAAUGGUCAAUGCCGAGGACUAGUGGCACAAAAUGUCUUUUUAGGAGUGGUGUGUUUUCUUGGAAUCACCACGAAUUCUAUUCUUCUCGCAUUCAUCUGGAAAUAUCGUCAUGGCACUUUGACGCCCGACAAAAUGCUCCUCAUGAACUAUGCCGCUGUCGAUCUGAUCGCUUGUCUUGUCAGCCUCCCACUUCAUAUCACAGCUUUAAAUGGCAGCUUGGACCUUGCAGACAAUGACGGUAGGAUACUUAUUUUAAUCCAUUCAUUCUAUCCAGUGUGUAUCUGUGCAAUUGGGAAUACUCCGUGAUCGUUUCAAGGGACUGAAAAGCUACAUGUAAAGGUACAUGUUGGCUAGGGAAGUGCAUUUAACGACAUUGAGAAAUAUUUAGGAAAUCUAUUGGAAACGACGGCGACAAGCAUUUUAGCUGUAAUUCUGAAAGAUUUUGAAGUCUUACAGUUCUACGAAUGAAACUGUUUAAUUAGCAAAAUUUGAUCUCUAGGGUUGGUUUGAAUUGAAUACAGUGUACUUCCAAUUUUUUAGCCACAGAAGAACCUGUUUUAUAGAUCGACUUUUUAUGUUACUGGGGCCCGAUCUGUGACUGUUCAAAUGAAUACUACUAAGCAGUACUUUUCUGUUAUAUUGUUUGUUAUGCUAUGCAAGAUGAUUCUAAACUGAGUCUGUGGGCGAAAUCCUGCGGCAUUUAAAUGAAUGCCACUGAACAGUUCUUUCCCUGUGGUACUGGUUGUUAUACUGUACAAGGUCACUCUAGCCUUGAUUAUUGUGUCGGCGAAAUAUUCUUUUUCAAUUAAUGAGAUAUAAAAUGAAUUCUACUGAAAAGUCGGGUAAGCCCGAAUAAUGUGUGGCGUUAAUAUUCGUUUGUAGUAAUAGUACGAAGGUGUGCGGGUCAACUUGCAUCUAAAUAAAACGCAAAGAAUUCCUCAUAAUUCAAAGCUGGCCUGCUAAUAAAAUUGUUAAUUGAGACUUCUGAAUACACUUUCCGUUGCAUGUUUUUUUUAGAGCAUGGCACAAGAAGGCUAUCAAAUGAAAAACUAAGGUUAUUUGAUGCGUGUAUCUGAGUCUAUGACGAAAAGCAAACGACGUCAUUUACUCAAACACUCUUGGUUUGUCAUGUUACCUGCAUUUACAAAAAGCAUUUGAUUCAGUUUAAUUUCAAGCGCGUGGGCUAUUCACUUGUUAAUUGUCACGUAUACUGAGAGUUAGAUUUCCCGGAAAGAUAGUUCAUUGUUACUAGAACUAAUAAUGUAUAACCAAUUAACAACCACGAAUUAUAAUCAUUUCCUGUUCUUUUGCGGCGCAAAGCUGAAUCUGAUUUCCUAUGUCAAUGUACCCUCUUACCACAAGGCUAAACUCGUAUUUCACCGUGUUCACUCAUUAGUUCCUAGUUAUUUUUCAUUAUAUUUUACUAGAUUUUCGAACAUUCACAAUUAUUCUACAAGGCAAAGUAUGAGGCUAUCCGUACCAAGCGUUAAACAGAAUUUUGGGAAAAGGACCUUUCUUUUUACUGGCGCAAAAAUUUUUAACAAGCUCCCUUUAAACAUUUUGAAGAAUGAAAACAUUCAAACGUUCUGCCUCUGAGCAAGACAUUUCUUUUUAUCAUAACUUUGAUAACUUUUUUUAGGCUUUAAAUGUGAUUUUGCAUUGUAUUUUCAGGUUUUUUAAUGUACUUCUUAAGGUGGCUCCGUAAUUAAUACAAGAGCAUUUUGAUGUUACAAAUUUUCCGUCAUAACUUUUUCGAUUUUAACGCGAUGGCUGCGAAACUUUGCAAAGAACAACAGAUAUCAUUCGGCAAUAAUACGAAAUAUUCCGAUUUCAUUGAUGGUAAAUAUUUCUUGAGAAGUUAGAAAUUAAUGUAUGUAGCCGGAGUUUGAUCCAAAACUGCCGAGGGAUAUUUUAAAAAUGUCGAGAAACAAGUCAUUCGAGGUCAGAGCAAGGUUUUGAGCAAUUUAUAGUGCUUCUAAAACUGAAAAGUACCUUUUAAAGAAUAGCACGAUAGGCAAUCGGCUUCUUUUUUCAGAAUUAGCAAACAUUGAAUUUACUUGUCCAGAAAAUUGAAACUGGUGUCUCCUUCUUCCUGAUAGUAAUUUAUUUUUGAAAUUCCAAAACAAUUUCACAGCUGAAUUUUGAGCAACUUUUAGUUACGGACUUCUGCUCCAACGAUUUUUCUGAAAUUCCUCUGGCAUAUUUAAUAUAUCAAUUAAAGCCGAUACCAGAAAUUUCAGUAAAAAAUAUCAGCAAUUUUUUUUUUACUAGACGCGAUUUUCUUUGAACAGUAGGAUCCUUUUAAUUUCUAAUUUCUCAAGAAAUAUUUACCAUCAAUGAAAUCGGAAUAUUUCGUAUUAUUGCCGAAUGAUAUCUGUUGUUCUUUGCAAAGUUUCGCAGCCAUCGCGUUAAAAUCGAAAAAGCUAUGACGGAAAAUUUGUCACAGCAAAAUGCUCUUGUAUUAAUUACGGAGCCACCUUAAAUUCUAUUAUUGUAUUUUUAUUAGUCUUUUUAAAUGUAAUAGUUCAUGAAAAUUCUUGAUGUAAAUUAAUUUUUAAGAUACAGGACCCCCAUGGAGAUCGGCCUUAGAGCUGACUGAGCUACCCCGUGUAAAUAAAAUUUUACUUACUUACUUACUUUCUUCGGAAGUGGAGCCAAUGAAUAUGAAAAUGAAAUGAGAUCGCCGACGUGCGUUUCCCUGGGAAAAAAUGUGUAAAAACAAUGAAGAAAAUUGGAAAUGUUUCGAAAAGCCCCUUGAUAAAAAUGAACCAGAGAUUGGUUUUUUGUGUCUGAACUUUCUCUCUGCACACAAACUGAUAGAAAAUUCGCAAAGAAAAUCGCAUGCAAAUUGGACGCAAAUUUGCAUUCAUACCGUUGUAAAUAUUCGAAAUCGUAAAAAAUGUAUUGCCGAUAAGGUUGUUGCAAAUAUUGGCGUUUCAGUUAGAGACUAAAGAAAAUUUUUGAAUGUUCCAAACACAGCUGAGUAGUUGCAUCGAGUCGGGGACUCAGGAUAAUAAAAACAGUUUGAUAAAAAACCCAAGGAGAUAAAUAAUAAUAUGAUUAUGAUUAUGUGAUCAUAAAUCCUCUAUAAUAGGUGAAAAUUUAAAUUAUUUACAGUCUAUUAUUUACAAUCUUCAACACCUUCAUGUUUGUAAAAAUAAUCAGUACUCAACCUCGUCCCCAGGUUUUCUCAGUUAACGGUGCAUUAACCUGCAAGAAGGCUGCACUUUUGACGUCAUCUCAUUAAACGCGAAAUUCUUCCAAAUUUGGUCAUCAGUAGCUGGUUAUGGUGAAUUUUGCGUGCGCUUUUAGCCAAUCAGGAUCGGGGAAAUAUUUGAAUGAAUGAUAAAGACAGUUACUGCACUGAUCGAAAAACAUCCUCGGUUCAACUUAUUAUUGUGCCGUAGGGAUGAAGUAACGUUCCGAUUGCAGUGUUUAACGGGGACUGAUCGGUUAUUGAUUGAAAAUAUGAGAUGAUGUGUGAAAAAUACUUAAGUAGAAAUCGAGAUUUUGAACUAUUUUAUUAAUUAAGAUUUCUAACUACAUUGUAACCACUGCUUCGUAAGGUGUGAUACGAGGCCGAAAAAGGUUCGUUAUAUAAACUGCUCUGUUUUGCUUCAAACUCUAGAUAACUAGAGUUUGCUUUCAGUUCGUCUGAUAACUCUCCUAACUUAGAUCAAAAAUCUCAUUCAGUAAUUGUUUAAUAUGUGGAUGCAAAUUCUUGGGAAGCUUGACAAUAUUCGUAAACUAAAAUUUUCUCUUACCUGAUUUUCACAGUUUGUUUGGCAAGGUUCUUCACAAUGUUCACGUGCUUUGCCGUCAACAUUAUGACGUUAGCCACCAUCGCAGUUGACCGCUAUGAUGCCAUUUGUUUAGCACCAAACCGUAAGAUAACCUGCAAGAAAACAGCAUAUUAUCUUGUAUUUAUCUGGCUGUUUUCAUGUUGUACCGUUGUACCCGGGGGUACCGGACACAUAUUGACCGCCUUUGAGGGAGGACACGUGUGCAACAGACCCGGCCGGGAAAUACAUACCCAAGCUCUUACUGGCAAGUCAGCCAUGCUCGCCGUGGUGACUCUGUGGAUCGUCCCUUCCCUGUGCAUUAUUUUCUACAGAUUUCAUGGAAUCGUAAAGUACGUUCGGGAGUAUUCGUCCCACCUUCGCUCCGUUCUCGGCACUUCGGGAGUACAGAAGGAGGUCAAAUUGACUAAAAUAUGCAUUGCUAUGGUCGUCACUUACUUAGGCAGCUGGCUUUUGUUUGCAAUUAUGGUGGGACUUAGAAACAGCUAUUCUUCUUUAGCAGUGCACUGCACCUACCUCUGGGCCUACUCUUUAGCUUAUUCCAGCUUCACUGUUGUGCCAGUAGAAUAUAUGAUCCUCGAUAGAAGAUUUAGGUCUUCGAUAUGGCGAAAAAGGAGACGAAGAUCGAGAAAGGUCUCUCCUAACCAUGGAGGUGGG